CUCAGAUAACACAUCUGCGUCUUUGAAUCUUCUUUACCAAAUUAACCAUGCCGUUUCGGUCGAACUCGGAUGCUUUGCUUUCCUCCUCGUUUCUUUCCUUUUUUGUUUGUAUUUCCUCUUUAUGGGUAAUAAAAGGCCUUUUUCUCUUUUCCUUUUAUGUUUGUGGCCGCAAAAUAAAGAGAGAGAUCUAUCAACUGCCAAUAGAUCCUUUGCGUUCAUUUUAUUUUUUUCCGGUUUUUGUCUUUGCCCUCUCAUCCCCGUCUCUAGGGUUUCUGAAUUCAUGGUCAUCUUUGUGACAUAGAGAAGAGAAGCUCCUCCCUCUAAUAUGCUGUGCAGAUCUUUGAUGCUCCGACCAUUGAUUUUGUGAAAUCUUUGUCCUGUGGUUUUUGCUUGGGUUCGAAUGGUAUGUUCGUCCAUUUCUGUGUGGAAAGAAAGUGUGAUUAAUUUUGCAGGGUUUUUUAGCUUCUCCAGUGCUUCAGUCUAAAGUCUUCAGAAUCGGAGGAGGAAGAAAAGAUAAGUAUUCAGCUGGUUGAAGCUGCACAAAGUACUUGGGUUGAUAAUCAUAACGUCUGUGGGGAGAAUUUGAUCAUGGCGAGAGGCAAAAUUCAGAUGAGGCGAAUUGAGAACCCGACGAGCCGGCAAGUCACCUUCUCGAAGCGCCGGAGCGGGCUGCUGAAGAAAGCUCGCGAGCUCUCGGUCCUCUGCGAGGCCGAAGUCGCCGUGAUCAUCUUUUCCCAGAAAGGAAGGCCUUACGAGUUCGCGAGCAAUUCCGAAAUCCAAAAGAUAAUUGAUCGAUAUUGUAGAUCUGUAAAUGAUGUGGAUUCAUACAAGGCUAAUAUGGAACAAUAUAUUCUGCAUUUGAAGCAAGAAACCAUGGAUAUGGAGAGGAAGAUUGAGCUUCUUGAAGUUUCUCUACGGAAGUUAUCAGGACAAUGUCUUGCAUCUUGUUCGAUCGACGAAAUCCAAAUGAUAGGGGAUCAGCUCGAGCGAAGUUUGAGCAGCGUUAGGGCAAGAAAGGCUCAAUUAUUCAACGAUCAAAUACAGCAGUUACAAGCAAAGGAGAGGUCUCUGAAAGAAGAGAAUGCAAAGCUUAUUGCAAAGUGCCAUGCAAAUCGUUGGGAGUCAACAGCUCAUUCGAGAGCAGCAGCAAUACAUAGCCAGAGCUGCCGGAGUACACAUGUUGAGACCAGGUUGUCCAUCGGAUUGCCGGAGAGUUGAACUGAUUUGCCAUCACCCGACACAAGUUUAAUAAUUCCUGUAUAGAAUGUAAUGAGAAUCACUGCAAUAUCACUUAGUGAUAUCUUUAUUCAGCACUUUCACGACAA